AUGUCAAGCAAUGCAAUCACUAUUAUUCUCUUGCUUCUCAAUAUCUCUCUGUUUCCUGCCACCUCUGCUCUGAACCAAGAGGGCCUCUCCCUACUUUCAUGGCUUUCAACCUUUAAUUCUUCUUCCUCUGCUACUUUUUUCUCCUCAUGGAAUCCAACUGACCAGGAUCCAUGCAAAUGGGAUUAUAUCAUAUGUUCCGGCAGCAGGUUUGUUUCCAAAAUCACAAUCACCUCACUCAAUGUUCCUACCAAUUUCCCAAGCCAGCUCCUCUCCUUCAACUAUCUUACCACCAUUGUAAUCUCAAAUGGGAACCUCAGCGGAGAAAUUCCACCCUCAAUUGGAAACUUGUCUUCACUUACCACCCUGGAUCUCAGCUUCAAUGCUCUAACAGGUAAAAUUCCACAGGAGAUAGGAAAGUUAUCCAAAUUGCAGUUAUUAUCACUGAAUUCCAAUUCCUUGCAUGGUGUCAUUCCAAAAGAAAUUGGAAACUGUUCACAGCUUCAACGACUUGAGCUGUACGAUAACCAGCUAUCCGGAAAGGUUCCUGCAGAAAUAGGCCAGUUAUCGGCUCUGGAAAUCUUCCGUGCAGGCGGGAAUCCUGGAAUUCAUGGGGAAAUUCCAAUGCAGAUAUCAAACUGCAAAGCACUAACUUUUCUUGGCCUUGCAGCUACGGGAAUCACGGGGCAGAUUCCAAGCAGCAUAGGACAACUAGAGAAUCUCCAAACACUUUCAGUCUAUACCGCAAACCUCACAGGUGCCAUCCCACCAGAAAUUGGUAACUGUUCAGCCUUGGAAAAUUUGUUUUUGUACGAAAACCAGCUUUCUGGUCAUAUUCCCGGUGAAUUUAGUCGGUUGAAAAGACUCAGAAGAGUUCUACUGUGGAAGAACAAUCUAACUGGAAGUAUUCCAGGUGCUUUAGGGAACUGUUCGCAUUUGAUAGUGAUCGAUUUCUCAAUGAAUCUUCUGAGUGGUGAGGUUCCUCCGUCUCUUGUAAAUUUAGUGGCAUUGGAGGAGUUUCUGCUGUCUGAGAAUCAUAUAUCAGGCAGCAUACCACCUUUAUUUGGAAACUUUUCCAGUUUAAAGCAACUGGAAUUGGACAACAACAGAUUUACUGGCAAGAUUCCACCUGUCAUUGGGAAACUAAAAGAACUUACUCUGUUCUUUGCCUGGCAGAAUCAGCUGCAUGGAAGCAUACCAACUGAGCUGGCCAAUUGUGAGAAACUUCAAGCUUUGGACCUUUCACACAAUCUCCUCAAUGGGAGUUCUUCCAACCAUAUUGGUAACUGCACCAACUUGAUCCGCUUACGGCUGGGAUCAAACAACUUCACAGGUCAAAUUCCAUCUGAACUUAGGCUCCUUCAUAGAUUGACCUUCCUUGAAUUGUCAGAAAAUCAAUUUAAUGGGGAAAUUCCUCCUGAAAUCGGAAACUGUACCCAGUUAGAAAUGGUUGAUUUGCAUGGCAACGAGCUCCAAGGCAUGAUUCCUUCAUCUUUCCAAUUCCUUACUGGUCUUAAUGUUUUAGACCUUUCCAUGAACAUGAUAGAAGGCGUGAUUCCUGAAAAUUUGGGCAAUCUGACAUCCCUAAACAAACUGGUCAUCAGUGGAAACCACAUUACAGGUUCCAUACCAAAAUCAUUCGGCUUCUGUAAGGAUUUGCAGCUGUUGGAUCUGAGCAGCAACAAUAUCACUGGCUCUAUCCCAGAUGAGAUCGGACGCUUGCAAGGUCUAGAUAUUCUCUUGAAUCUGAGUUGGAAUUCUCUGACAAGCCCCAUUCCAGAAAGCUUCUCAAAUCUCUCAAAACUUGCCAAUAUGGAUCUCUCCCACAAUAUGCUGACAGGAAGCCUGAAAGUACUGGGCAGUCUCGACAAUCUUGUGUCCCUGAAUGUCUCAUACAAUGACUUUUCAGGUCCACUUCCCAAUACUAAUUUCUUCAAAGAUAUUCCAUCAACUGCAUAUGAGGGCAACCCGAAGCUAUGCAUUAACAGAAAUGAGUGCCACUUGAACGGUAACCUGCAUGACAAGAAAUCCAUCAGAUAUCUAAUUGUUUGUGUUCUUCUUAGUGUGACUGCAACUAUAUUGCUUAUGCUUGCUGGAAUGGUUUUAUUCGUUAGAGUUGCUGGAAUCACAUUUGGGAUGGACAGUAAAGAAGAAAGUCAUUUGAUAUGGGAUUUCACCCCAUUUCAAAAGCUUAAUUUUUCUGUUAAUGAUAUUGUGACUAGACUAUCAGAUUCAAACAUCGUGGGGAAGGGUUGCUCAGGAAUGGUGUAUCGUGUGGAGACUCCGACAAAACAGGUCAUUGCAGUGAAGAAGCUAUGGCCGGUAAGUAAUGGCGAGCGUCCACAGAUCGACUUGUUUUCUACAGAAGUUCGUACUCUUGGAUCAAUUAGGCAUAAAAACAUAGUGAGGCUUCUGGGAUGUUGUAACAACGGAAAAACCAGACUGCUUUUGCUGUUCUUAGACUGGGAUGCAAGGUACAAGAUUGUACUGGGAGCAGCUCAUGGUUUAGCUUAUCUUCAUCAUGAUUGUAUACCUCCAAUAGUUCAUCGGGAUAUUAAGUCUAACAACAUCUUGGUGGGACCACAGUAUGAAUCUUUUCUAGCAGAUUUUGGCAUUGCAAAGCUUUUGAGUUCUCCAGAAUGCGGCAGAGCCUCCAACACAGUUGCAGGUUCUUAUGGCUACAUUGCUCCAGAAUAUGGAUAUAGUUUGAGAAUCACAGAAAAGAGCGAUGUGUACAGCUAUGGAGUGGUGCUCCUGGAGGUCCUAACCGGGAAGGAACCAAUGGAUAACAAGAUUCCGGAGGGUGCCCAUAUUAUCACUUGGGUCAAUAAGGAACUCCGAGAAAGGAAACGGGAAUUCACAUCAAUUCUUGACCAGCAGCUAAUAUUGAGAUCAGGGACACAAACCCAAGAGAUGCUUCAAGUGCUUGGGGUGGCUCUGCUCUGUGUUAAUCCUUGCCCAGAGGAAAGGCCAACAAUGAAAGAUGUAACAGCAAUGCUCAAGGAGAUCAGGCAUGAAAAUGAGGAUUGUGAAAAACCAGAUUUUCUUGGAAAAGGAGAUGCGAAAGCUACAGUCCACAGUUCCAGUUUUUCCAGGUCAUCUGAACCUCUAAUUGGAUCACCUUCUUGUUUUCCCACAAACCCCUAA